GUCAAAGUAGGGUGCGUUGUAGAAAAAACGGUUGCUCUGAGAAAGUCCUCCCAAAAAAUCCAGUUUUCCCUGCAAUUUUCCCUACCAAUUUCCCUAAAAUUUGUUUCAAAGUGUAGUGAAAUCGUACAUUUCAUAGUAGGCAUUGGAAAAUUUUACUUUUCUCAGAGGGAAAGAAAAAGGACGUAAAAAUGUCUGAGAAUCCUGUGGAUCUCUCCAUCCUGGCAUUAUUUGAUGAUCUAACACGAUGCACAUCAGUUUUGACUGAUGGAGCGUCGGAUGAGGUAUUCCUGGCUUUCGUGCAAUCAUAUCAGGAUAUCAAGCGUGCCUAUUGCCAUGGCAAUGAGGAGAUUCGGCGCCUCCAGCAGGAACUCGAUGAGGCCCUCACGACAAUUUCAAAUUUGGAGACAAAGCUCAACAAUGCCCGCCGUCUGCACGACCUUGAAAAUCGUAUGAGGAAGAGGGCGGAGAAUGAACGAGAUGAUCUUGAGCGAAAGAUGCGCAUCUGCCGGGAUCUCCUGUGGAAGGAUGGGGAGGCACGUGACGAUGAAACUCGCAGCAAGCUGGCCUUCUUAAACUCUCCACGUCGCCGACGUUCCUUCUUCGGUGAGCACACAAUUGAUGAGGAGGAACCUGGACCACUGGGAUUUGGGAAUACAACGGGAUCCCUUCUAUCGGACAUGUCGGUGACCGUGUCCGAGGAGGACUUUCUCGAUAAUCACCGGGAGAAGGGGCAGAAGAGGACAAAGUCCGUGAGAUCAGAUGCCAGUACAUCACUUGGGAAACGCUUCCGACCCAGCUCAGACGCCAGGCGUCGUAGCUCUCAUCGUACCAUGGAAGUAGAUGCCACGGAUAAGAUUGUGGCCUCAACAAAGGUCACCGUGCCCCAGGGAGACGGACCCAUUGUGGCGGAGUCCGUAAUUGAGGCAAGGCCUCAAGAUGAGGAGCAUGAGGAGGAGCAGCAGCAGAGAUUUUUCACACCCAAGAAAGGGAAAUCUCCAUCGCGUCGCGUAAAGCCAAUGGCACCGAGUGCACCGCCAAUGGAGGAUCUGACAUCUCUGGAGGAGCCUGAAUUGGCCAAGGGAUCAGCUAGGAAGGAUCACGAGGAAGUUGUGUACGCCACAGUGCAUAAGCAGGCAACACCAACAAGUGUCCAUCGUCAGCAUCAUUUCACGCCUCGAACUCAUUUCGGUGGCGACGUAUGUGCCGGCUGUGGGAAGAAGAUUCGCUUUGGAACGUCCGCCAGUAAGUGCCGGGAUUGCCGUAUUGUCAUCCACACGGGCUGCACGUCAACAUUCUCCAUGUGCUGUGUGCCUCCUGUGGCAGGAGGACGCGAUGGGAAGGCAACAAUCCAGCACCGUACCCCCGCACAGGGUCCCAUGGUGCCACCCUUGAUUGUCUACUGCGUCAGUGAGAUUGAGGCACGCGGCUUAACGGAAGUUGGCAUUUAUCGCGUUUCCGGAUCGGAGAAGGAAGUCAAGGCGCUAAAGGAGAAAUUCCUGCGCGGCAAGGGUGUGCCACAGAUCAAUAAUGUGGACGUCCAUGUGCUCUGUGGCACCGUUAAGGAUUUCCUGCGCUCCCUUCCUGAGCCCCUAAUGCCACGUGCUCAGUGGAAUGACUUCUGCAACGCCAUCCAGAAUCCGUCACCAGAGAGGGCUCAGCGGGAGCUAUUUGAUGCCAUUGAGAACAUGCCACAGGCCAAUCGUGACACUCUGGCCUUCCUCAUUCAGCACUUCCAGCGCAUUGCCCAAGUGCCACAGGUGAAGAUGCCCAUUGGGAAUAUUGCCAAAAUCUUUGCCCCCACAAUUGUCGGGACAUCCCAUAGUGAUGUCAGCAAUCAUCAUGCCGUCUUGGCGCAAAUUAACAUUCAAGUGGAGAUUCUCGAAGCCCUCCUGGGCAUACCCACGGACUACUGGAUGCGUUUCGUCAUGUACGAUUCUGGGUCAACUGAUGAAACACCCAAGCAGACACCCUCAAAGUAUGCCGUAACCCCCAUCCGGAAGCCACGUGAGAAGAAAUACUACGAUACACCACCCUUCUACCCAAAGAAGAAGUGAAAAUGCGCACAAAAGAAACCUCCACAACAUUUUCUUCCUCAUUCUCCUUCUGUAUUUUGUCGCGAGUCUUACAAAAAUUUUCAUUUUUUUAACAAAUCAUCAUUUGCGGAGAAGAGAACAAGAAAAAGAAUAUCAUCCAACACACCUGACUCCACCCCCUUCAGGCAAAUUUGUACGCAUAAUCAAUGCUGGAAUCCACAUGAUUCUCUUCUGCGGGAUUUGUGGGGCAAACAGUUGGUCGGCACGUGGUGUCCAGGUGCGAAUCGAGAUGCCCAAGGAGACUGCUGAAGCUGUAGUCGUGCAUAUUCUCCUCCAGCCACUUGCUGUCGCUCCCCUCGCGCACAAUCCUCAUUGGGCUCAUGGGUGGAGUAGCCGAUGGGAUGAAACCUGCAAUUUUAAUUAACAUAAUUUGUGAAUUGUCAAAAUUUUAUCUUUUAUCCAUUCUUUUAUUCAACCACUAAUUUGUUUAAAAACAUCUUCGCGACAUUUUAAUUAUAUUUUAUUUUAUUUUAACCAUUUUAGAUACUCUCAUUUUAUAUAUUUUGUAUAAUGCUUUGUAACUUACUCGUUUUUCUUAUUAAUAAAUGAAUUAAUAAAGGAA